AUGGAGGAUGCCGGCAAGAAGAACGAUAGCGGACUCUUGCAGGCUUGUGUAUACGUCCCUUCGCAGAUUAACUCCAUGAGUAUGGUGCGAGGAUUCACGCCACAGCAAUGGGUGACGGGCAAGAACCCCAACCAGGUGCAGUCCCUCACGGGCGAGAUCUUCAGCCCGACGGUCAGUGCCAUUGACGAGGCCGGCGAGUUUGCAGCGGUGCAGCAGAAGCGGCUUGCAGCGCAGAUGGCAUUCCUGAAAGCAAACAGUGAUGCAAGGCUGAGGAGAGCAAUGAACCAAAACUACCGUCAGAUCAAGGAUGACGUGGUCAUUGGACAAGUGGUGUACUACUGCCGAGAGAAGGGUGCAGGUAUCUUGCAAAAGCAGAAAUGGCGAGGACCUGCACGAGUGGUGGCUACCGAGAAGGACAGUGACUACAAGGACCUCGUGAUAUGGCUGGCGCAUGGAACAUCAUUUUUGAGGUGUUCACCCCAUCAAGUACGUCCUCGAGUGGAGGAGACGGGCAUCUCGCUGGUGGCUGAUCCCAAUGCUGCACUACGAGAUCUACAAGCACUCCGAGCACGAUCUACCACGCAGUACAAGGAUGUCUUUGACCCUACGAUCCGUGAGGAUCAGGACGAAGAUGAGCUGGACGCAGCCUUUGAUGAGGAAGCCUCGCCAACAUCACCGACGGGGCCAGCGGAGGUGAUACCGGCAUCUGAACCAGAACCGCUACCGCCGCCUGAGGUUGGAGGACGUGACCCAGCAUCUUCAGAUGGGCGACAGUCAUCGCAGCCAGCACAACCAUCCGAACCACGAGCGCCUGAUGGAAGGGAUGAACAGCAGGACCUAUGGAGUAAGCGGCAGAAGACUGCACAGGCAUCGGAUGCUCCUGUUGAUGUCCCAGUGCCCAUGCAGGAUGAUGAUGAUCUCAUGCUGGAGAAUGUGACGCUUGUGGGUGGAGCUGAACCAGAUCUACGUUGGGUAAUCGUGGACGGCGAGUUUGAGCUGGAUGAGGCAUGGCUGGUGAAGAGCCUUCGGAAGAAUGAGGCGUGCGAGAAGAACAUGACGGUUGACCAGCGAGCUCAGAUGAUGGAGGCAAAGAAGGCAGAGCUGGAGAACUAUUUUCGGAACCAGGUGUGGAACUUUGCGGAGGUGAACCCCGGAGAUGAAUCGCGGAUUGUCUCUGCGCGAUGGGUGCUGACCUGGAAGGAAACUGAAGGAGGUGGACCUCGAGCCAAAGCACGUCUGGUGCUGCGUGGCUUUGAGGAUCCCGACCUGCUCUACUUUGACAAGGCAUCACCAACAGCCGGAAGGCUGGGCAAGAACUUCCUCCUCCUGAUUGUCCAGAACAACCGCUGGCAUCUGUACGUUGGAGAUGUACGGGCAGCUUUCUUGUCUGGAUCGCAGUUCGACCGGAAGAUCAUUGUCAAGCUGCCGAGUGAUUGCGGACCACUACUUGGAGUAGUUGGCCCGGCGUACAUGAGGCUGCUGAAGAGCGCCUACGGCCUGGCAGAUGCACCGCUGUUGUGGUACAAGGAGGCAACGUCGAGACUGCAGUUGCUGAACUUCAUCCAGCACAGGAUCGACUACUACAAGCAGACGACUGGCGAGAUGAAGGCGAUUCUGAUUGUCCAUGUGGACGACAUUCUGCUCGGUGCGGACAUGAGAGACAAGGAAGUGGUGGAGCUUGUGAGAAAGGUGAGAGCAAGCUUUGAUUUCGGCAAGUGGAAGCAGCUGCAGGAGAAAGAGCCAAUUGUGUACUGUGGCGGCGCGAUCAGCAUCCAGAACGGCGAGAUCGAGGUGAGCUUUGCGGAUUACCUCAGGAAGGUCAUGCCCAUCACGGUGAACAACAAGGACACCGGCAACCUAACCGACAAGGAGGUCUCCAAGCGCCGAGCACUGUUGGGUGCUCUUCAAUGGCCAGCAGGACAAGCAGCGCCACAUCUCUGUGCUUCAACAAGCAUCCUUGCAGGCGACAUCGCCGCGAAGGAGCGCAGCGUGCUGAACGAAGGCAUUGCGCUCUGCAUGGCGAGUGCGAAAGGUACACACUGUUGA